GUGCCCGUGCGCGCUCCGAGUCCCGACUGCGACGGGGGCCAGCGGCCCCUCCCCUCCCCUCUGAGGAUAGAAGAUGAGCUUCCUCUUCAGCAGCCGCUCUUCUAAAACAUUCAAACCAAAGAAGAAUAUCCCUGAAGGGUCUCAUCAGUAUGAACUCUUAAAACAUGCAGAAGCAACUUUAGGAAGCGGGAAUCUGAGACAAGCUGUUAUGUUGCCGGAGGGAGAGGAUCUCAAUGAAUGGAUUGCCGUUAAUACUGUGGAUUUCUUCAAUCAGAUCAACAUGUUAUAUGGAACUAUUACAGAAUUCUGCACUGAAGCAAGCUGUUCAGUCAUGUCUGCAGGUCCAAGAUAUGAAUAUCAUUGGGCAGAUGGUACUAAUAUUAAAAAGCCAAUCAAAUGUUCUGCACCAAAAUACAUUGACUAUUUGAUGACUUGGGUUCAGGACCAACUUGAUGAUGAAACCCUUUUUCCUUCUAAGAUUGGUGUCCCAUUUCCCAAAAACUUUAUGUCUGUGGCAAAGACCAUUCUAAAACGUCUGUUCAGGGUUUAUGCCCAUAUUUAUCACCAGCACUUUGAUUCUGUGAUGCAGCUGCAAGAGGAAGCUCACCUCAACACCUCCUUUAAGCACUUUAUUUUCUUUGUUCAGGAGUUUAAUCUGAUUGAUAGGCGUGAGCUGGCACCUCUUCAGGAAUUAAUUGAGAAGCUUGGAUCAAAAGACAGAUAAAUGCUUCUUCUAGUACACAAUUACCCUCUUGCUUCAUCUACUGCUAGAGCUAUCUCAUUGCUGUCUGUUAUAGACUAGUGACACAAACUUUUAAGAAACAGGAUAAAAAGACCUAUUGUCCCAAAGGUAGGUUGGCCUGAUACCUUCAGAGUGAGAAAUUCAGGACACAGCCAGAUUUGAGGCACUGUGUCACCACACUUGUUAUUGUCACUGAGUCACACUUGCUGUUAAUAUGUGAUGGUUAAUCUGUAGUUUAUCAGUUUACAUAUUAUUCUUUUACUAAAGAAAAUGAUUUAGUCUGUUUCAGGUUAUAGCAUAAUGGAUAUUAAGAAUUUCUACCAAUAAUUUAUUAACAAGUUUCCACAACAAAUUUGUUAAUAUCUCAGUCAGCUAGGUUUUAUUCUGCUUAUAGAAGAGGUGUUUUUAAGUUUCCUUAAGGUUUAGAACAAUUUGUGUCACUUCGGAUAAAUAUGUUGUUUGAAGUUAUAUACUAGUGUUUUUAUAGAUAAUAUGCAUAUUUUUUCAAAAUCCAUGAUUGCCAUUUAAAUCAUCAUAUGACAUGUGGGAGUAACCAAAUGACUUUACUUUUUAAUGUUAAUUUGGGAUUUUAUUCACAUACGAACCUAUCUCAAUGUUUAGGAGAGAGUGCAUAUUAGAAAUAAUUGUUUUAAGGCAUCCAAGGUGGUCUUGUAGAUUUUUUUUAAAAUACUUCAUUCAGGUUAAUUUGAAUAUGUAGCUUUUGGCUGACAAAAAGCAAACUUCCAAAAAAUUAAGACAAAUUUAGGCCUCAAACCACUAUUUUCAUUCAUGUCGUCUUUCAGACGGCUUUGAAAUUCUGGAUAGAAUGAAAAAUACUCAGAUUACUUGAUUGUUUUGAGUUUCCUUUUUAAAAAAAUAAUUUCUAUGUGUUUUGGGGUGUUUUUUUGUGUGUGUGGCUUGAGACUUAGUGAAGAGUACUAUAGAAAUGCAUCAACUUUAUCCCAAUAAGGAUAAAACUUAAGGAAAAUAAAAAAAAAAAUCUUGCAAAAAACAUCUUGAAAGGUGUACACAUUUUAUAACACAGUUAAAAGUUUGAUGUGUUUCCUAUUCUUGUGUGUGUUUGCGCGUUUAAAGGAGACAGCAUUGGAAGAAUAAGU